CGCUACGAUGUCCGCCACCUUCUCUCCGCUCCCCUUCCUCCGCGCCUCAAGCGCCGCCCUCCUCAGCCCGAACCCGACCUCGAUCACCUACGCUAUCUCGAUCUCCCUUCUUCUUCUCUCGAGGAAGAACCACAAGGUAAACCUAAUGUAUAAUUUUACUCUUCGUUUCUCUUUCUAGUUCCUUCUAUUUGAUAUUAUCUGAAUAUGAUUUCGUUUUUUAUUGGUACUGUGUUAGUUGUUGAGUUUUUUUUUUCCUCUAUGAGAAGCUCUCAAAAGUAUGACUGGUAGUUUUAUUUUGAUGAUGUUUUCUUCGAGCUUAUUUUAUGUUCUUUUGCUGGAGAGAAAUUGCGGACUUUUGCUUUCUAAGGUUCAUUCCCAUUCGUUAGAAGCUAUAGUCAGAGAAAAAGUCAAUCAAAUGCAAGUUGGUGGCAGUCCUUAGAAAACCUUGGAUUGAAAUUUUGGUUUUCCGUAGAACUCAAGCUUUAAGAUAAAGCUUUUUGGUAUUUGUGGGCUUUAGCAAGAAUUUUUGCUUGCAUGCAUAGCUUUCUACUUUUUAUUGUAGAACCGAGGCUUUUAAAGUUUGUGUUGUGACAUAUUGGAUUGUGAGCUAUAGAGUACCAUACUUCAAUUUGAUUUCUCAAAUACCGAUAUUCUUGUAUAUCUAAUCUGAUAGGUAUCGCUGAAGUAUUCAACCUAUGAAAUGUCAAUAAUUCAUUUUUUUCCAUAGAUGCUUAUGCUUUGGGAUACUUCGUGGAUUUGUAUAGUUUUUAAAACAUUUUAUGAAAAUCCACUACAGCUAUAUGAAAGUACAGUAAUAUACAAACAGACAAAAAAUGUUAUCAAAAACAUAAGUUUUUCUAUAUAAAAGGAAUGAGAUCUAUGAAAUACUGAAUUUGACUUCAACAUCGAUAUGGCCGCCAACUUCAAUGUUGACGUUGCUUAUAUCUUUGGGGAUGUAUAUAUUAAACAACAUGGCAAAAUUCUCAAUUGACAAUUAAGAUUUAUCUAAUUCACAUUUUAUGUACAAAUUUGCUAACUUUACAGCUUUAAUAUAAUAGUAGCCAACAAUGCACCAUCACCUAGUUGCCUCAAUUAAAUGUCAUGUCCAACCAAAUAGAUCAAUGUGUCUGAAAGACAAAAUCUGUUUUUAAACAAAUAAGGUAUCAAGUUUGUUCAAUCUGAAAUCUGUUUUUAAACAAAUAAGGUAUCAAGUUUGUUCAAUAUGUUAUUGUCUUUCUGACACAUUGAUAUAUUUGGUUGGACACAGCAUUUAGUUGAGGCAACUAGGUGAUGGUGCUUUGUUGGCUACAAGUCAAGUGUUUUUCAGUUGAUGUUGGAAACUUGGAACAAUAUUUUAUUUUUCCAGCUUCCACCUGAGACUGUUGAGUGUUUUUGUUUUUGUGCAACCACAAUGUCACAUUUGCAGGAUGGAAUGUAAUUUGCUACGGUUCGUGUGUCAGAAUACAAAUAAUGGUUCAGAUCCAGUAAGUUCGGCUGCCUUUCAUGCUGUUGCCUUUUCAUAUGGAAAUACUAAUGCUUCCAUGGAGACAAAGGACGAUGAUGCUGAGUCUAGUUUUCGUCCAAACUUCCCAGUACCAGAGAGUCUACUCCAUAAUCUGCCUCCAAAUGAGAAAAUACAUCAGAUUAUUUCAAGGACUGCAAUGUUUGUCUGCAAACAUGGAAGUCAGUCAGAAAUCCUUCUUAGGGUGAAACAAGGAGAUAAUCCAACCUUUGGAUUUCUGAUGCCGGAUCAUCAUCUUCAUGCAUAUUUUAGAUUUCUUAUUAAUCACAAAGAACUUCUGAAAGCUGACAAAGAUGAUGGCAGCUCAACCGAGGACAUCAAUAAGACUCAGGGGGUUGAUCAAAUAGGUGGUGCAUUGUCUUUGCUUGGAUCUGUCUAUGGAUCCGGAGAGGAUGAGGAUGGUACAUCUGAGAACACUUUUGACAUUGGGAAAAAGGAAUGCGGGGGAGCUAUUGAUGCUGUUAAUACUUAUACUUCUCCUGGAGUAGAGCCGGCAGAAUCUUGUUCAGAUGUGGUCAAGAAGGAUGGAAACGUUUCUAAAAACGCAGUACCUUUGAAAGAAAAAGUUCCAGUCAUAAAGCGGAAUCAAUCUAUCAGUACUGUUAAGACUGCAACCACAGUUAAAGCAAAAUCAGGUGAUGGCUUGGAUUCAACGUCUAAUAAUACACAGAACAAGUCGCAGACUUCUUUCCCCAGUACUGCAGCUAAGAUUGAACUGCCUGUUAUUGAACCUCCAUCUGAAUUAAAGAGAGCUAUAGAGAAGAUCGUUGAGUUCAUCCUAAAAAACGGAAAACAAUUUGAGGCUGUUCUUGCAGAACAGGAUCGUCCUCAUGGAAGGUUCCCCUUUCUUCUGCCAUCCAAUCGAUAUCAUACUUACUAUCUAAAAGUUCUUCAGACUGUAGAACAGUCUAAGUUACGCGGCAAGGGCCACCAGAAGCACAAUCCAGUAGGUCGAGCGGUGGACAAUAAUUCUGGUGUACAUGAUGAAAGUGACAAUCAUUUACAUGAAUCUAUGGCUUCUGAUCUACCAAAUGAUAUGGACCGAAAAGAAAAGUUCAAGAUGACUAUUGGCAAGUCAAAGAAGGAUGGUCAAGAUCCAAUUCCCAAAGACCAAGCUCAAAACACAGUUAGCAUGGAUGCAGCGGCGACAGCAGCUAUUCUUCAGGCUGCCACUAGGGGUAUUAAAAACCCUAAUUUAGAACUUUUUAACAAGACAUCAAGUGGUAGUGGUCAGGGUCUUGGAAGUGAUGGUGGGUAUUUAUCUAGCUCUGGGACUGGGAGUCUGUAUUCAUCCCAACCACAAGCUCUUGUUGAAAAUCCAAACUUGAUUGCAAAGGCCGGGGCUUCUGCCCCUGUUGCGAAGGCUAUUGCGGAAAAGAUAGCUAUUGCAACAGCAGGUGAAGCGGACUCCUCCGAAGCACAUAUGACUAAAGAGCAAAAGAUUAAAGCAGAGAGAUUGAAACGAGCAAAGAUGUUUGCAGCCAUGCUAAAAAGCUGUGUUGGAGCAAGUGAAUUGCCACGAGCUUUGUCAGUGGAACCACUUGGCUCUGGCCUUUCCGGUUCAGAUGCUGAGACUGUGAAUGUUGUGGGUAAAGAAAGGGAAGGAAGUUCUGUUCCAUUUGACGUCGAAAAUUCAGAUAAAAGUCAAAAUUCUGAGAAAAUUUCUGUCGAUAAUUCAGAUAAAAGUCAGAAGAAUGAGGAGAAAGUUAGUGGUGAUAACGAACGCCGUUCAAAAAGAAAGUACCGUUCAAGACAUAGUAAACACGAAGAGGAGGAGGAAGACGAGAAGAAAGAAGACCAAGAAGAUAAAAGACGACACAAACGAUCAGGAAAAAGACAUCGGUCUUCACACCACAGUCGAGACAGACAUAAGCACAAGAGAAGACAAUCCUCUUCCAAAGACGGGCAUUCUUACAGAGGGGUCGAGCAUGACAAUUCCUCUGAUGAUGAACAUCAACGUUCAAGGCGUCGUCAUAACUACGAUAGUUCCUCUGAUGACGAACACCAUAAACGUAGACAUUCUCGCCGUUCUAAUAAACAUUAUAGUUCGUCUGAUAGUGAGCACAGGCACCGAAGCAGAAGUGUAAAGCGUGGGAGCAGAUCCCGUGGUGACAGAGAAACAGAGUUGGAGGAGGGAGAAAUAAUUAUGAAAUUGGAAAAGUCCGCUGUUGGACGUGGUAGCAGGGAGGCAUCUGCUGGAUUAUCUAAUGCAAGGGCUUCAUCUCAAUCACCUGAAGUAACUGAUGUUCCUGAUGAACUCAGAGCCAAAAUUCGAGCCAUGUUAAUGGCUAACUUGUAAAACCUCUGUAGAUUGUAUUUACUUACUCUUUUUCCUCACAAUGUAGCUAUUGUUACCUAACUUUUCCGAAACUAAAUUAACAAAAUCAACUUAGUACUUAAACAA